AUGCCCCUGGGUCCGCCGCGUGCAAGUGGCUCCUCUCACCCCAUUGUGAUUGGCAGGAGGGGCGCCAUGGGCCCCAUGCCUGAGAGCACGUUGGAGGGAUACGAGAGGGCCAUUGCUGACGGGGCGGACUAUGUGGAAUGCAACGUCAUCUGCACGGUAGACUCGGAGCUGAUCUGCUGGAACGACCUAGAUUUGACCCUCGUGACGAACGUGGCGCACCACCCGGAGCUGAGUCAACUCAGGUCAACGGCGGUCAUAGAGGGCCAGGAGGUGGAGGGAUUCUUCGCCUUCAACUUCACCUUCGAGCAGAUUCAGAUUCUCAGAGUGGAGCAGCGAUACCAGUGGCGGGACAAGACCCUUCACGGCCGUUUAUCCAUCCCCUCGCUCUCCGCUGUGCUCGCCCUCGUGCUCUCCUCCAAUCAAAACGCCGAGCUGCUCGCUGCUAGAGGCAACCGACCCGUGGGGCUGAUGCUGGAACCCAGAUUCCCUGAAUUCCACGAGUCCAUCGGUUGCCCUCUGCUCGAGUCACUCCUCACUCUCCUCAGCAUGAACAACCUGCAGCCACCUCCCCGCCCUUCCAACCCCUUCAACACCCUCACCGCUUCCUCCGCCCCCACUGCCUCUCUUAGUGACCGCCUUGCUAGCAUCAGCACCUCCACCAUCUCUACUGACAAUGCUCCUGCAGCUGGUGCUGCUACGGCCGGGGGGCGGAUUGUGCUGGACCCGGCAGUGCAUCCGGUGGUGAUAGAGGCGAGGAGCGCCGCUGCCCUGGUCUACUGCAGCCAACGUACCUCCAUUCCCCUCGUUCAAAUUUUGGAGGAGGGGUGGGACGAGCCAUCCGACACCAACCCUAUCCUGCAGGCCCCUCCCCCCUCCUGCCCGCCCACCACCCCUCUCCGAGCCUGCAUGCUGGACGCCAUAUCACUCUAUGCUGUGGCCGUCGCACCAGAGAAGCACCUGGUGCUGCCGGUGGAGUCGUGGCACAAGAAGCUGCUCAACCAGACGGAUUUGGUGUCGCUUGCCCACCACCCAGCCCGCCAGCUCGCCGUGCUACCCUGGCCUUUUGCAAACGACUGGAUCUUCCUCUCCCUGAGCUAUGAACUGGACCCUUUAAACGAGUACGCCAUGUUUGUGGAAGGGGUGGGAGUGGAUGGGCUCUUCUCGGACUUCCCUGCCACCGCCCUUAAGUACCUUCGGUCUCGGGACUGCCUGGCAGCAGCAUCAGGAGUGCUGGGUGCGUUGGUGGCGGCACCAAGAAAACGAGGCCUGGCAGAUCUCCUGUUCUUAGCUGUCAUCAUCACCAUUGCGGUUCUCCCCAUGGCUGUGUGGACGCUCUACGCCAUGCACAAGUGGAGGCAGACGGAGCAGCAUCUGCACUGGCAGGAGUUUGCGACCAUCCACUCCCACGGCCCCACCACGGCCUCGGAGCGACAACCCCUCACUGCCCUCGCUGCUGACUCUGACCUUAGCCCUUCCUCCGCUGCCGCUGCCGUUGCUGCAGUCGCCGCUGCUGGUGGUGGUGCUGCUGGUGCUGGUGGUGGUGCUGAUGAUUUGAGUCCUUCUGGUUUGUUCUCUCCCCGCAUCGGCGCACUGCACUUGCAGCACCACCGCCCGUCGUCUCCCCCGCCGCUGCCACCGGGGCUGGGGGGAAUUGAGGAUGGUUCGGCGUUAUCGUCAGCAAUGGCUGGUGGGGGGAGGUCGAGAGGGGGUAGGAGAAUAAGGGCGAUGGACUUUGGAGAAGAGGAGUGGUAG